CAGCUGGGCGUGUAAACAAACAUGUCCGCCCACCGCAACGCUAGCAAGGUGGUGGUGGUCAAAAAAUGGACGGAUUCUGCCUUCACCAUCGACACCAUCCUGCGGGCGGACCUGGAGGCGAACAAUAAGGGCUUCCUCGCUCUACUGGGGGACGGCAGACUCUUCCUCAUCACGUGGCUCAACAAGAAAAUAAGCACCAAAGUCAUCGAGGAAGUUUCAGAUGGGUGCUGGCAGCGAGGCGGUGAGGAGAGCGAGGUGGUCAUCACUCGGCAGACCGGCGCACUGGUUCGCUACUCACUGCACUUUGAUACAGGGCUGUCAUGUUCCCUACAGCUGUCGGCACCCUCCCUACUGGCACUCAUCAGGGAGAGGGACUCAAGUAUUCGGUCACUACGCAACGCCAAGAUCUGGGGACACAGCCAAGAGUACAUCCUCCUGCAGCCUCAGAGUGACCGCCUGGUGCUGCUUGCCACUAACGCCGGCGGCUGCCCCUCCUGCCAUGGGGUGAUGCGCACGCCACCCCUCCGCACUGCACACCUCUGCUACUCUAAGGUGUCGCAGCCCAUCACUGGCGCUGAACUCUAUGAGUAUGAGUUAAAGAAUUGUCGUCUCCAUGAGCUGGUGAACCUGGGGCUGCAGCGAGUGGGGUCACAGUACACCGAGUGGGGGGGACUGGUCUGCUCCACCUCGGGGGACACCAUCGCCAUCAUGGACACAGAGAGACACCUUUAUGUGACGGACUUCAGACAGAGGGCACAGCUGGGGAAGAAAGGUGGAGUGGCCAGGUCGCGUGUCACCCUCCACCAGGUAAUAUGGCCGUCCAGCAUGCAGCCGUCACAAGUCAGGGAGGUCUCACUGGGCCUCUCCGACACUCUUCUCACUGUGUUUUGUCAGGUGGAUGAUGGCAGUACUGAAUACUACAACUACCUGAGCUUUGACAUUGGCCUGAGCAGCGUGAACAACCACCAUCGCUUUGGGGAAACAGUGGCCAUCAUCCCCGGCACCACACACCACCUGCCUGAUCUCUUCCUCACCCACGAUGGCGUCGCAAUGCUCAUGGACGAGGACGCCUCUAUCAGCAGUGUGGACUCAGAGGUGGACCUUGGGGAGCUACUGAGUGGGCUGCGGGAGGGGCUGGAGGAGCAGAGCAUGGCCAAGGUGACGGAGGUGAAGGCAAUGGUGGAGCAAGGUCUGAGUGUGUUCCUGGCCUCAUGCAACCAUCAGGAGGACUGGGUGGGUCUGGCAGAGAUGAGGGCAAGGCAGUAUGGCCAUCUGGCAGACCUCCUCCUGGGCUACAUCCCUCAGUACGCACAGAACGAGACCUCCCGAGCCUUUGCCCUGUCACUGAAGUACCUUGCCACUCACCACUUCAAUAGCAUCCUGGAGGAGAUGAACAACGUGCUGAAGUACAUUGAUGAUGAGAACAUUUCCCAGAUGGUGCUGCAAAUGUCAGAACAGGUGUCCUUUUACCAGCGCAGUGCCGAGAUGCUGCAGCUUCCUGAGGCAGACUUCCAGGCCGGCCACACAGAGCUGUACAAUGCGUGGGGAGACAAGCCCAUGAAGGAGAUAGUGGAGGAGGCGGUGAACAAGGAGUGCCUGAAGGCGGCUGAAUCCUACCUGCAGCUGAAGCCCUGGGUGUAUGGCACAGUCACUUCCUCCACCCUGCUGGCCUGCUGCAUUGAUGUGGCACGGGAGAAGACCACUGAGGAGGCACAGCUCAAUGUUAUGCUGGUUGCUAUAGAGGAGUAUGGGGAUGCCCUGCACCGUCUCCUGCUCUCCAGUGAUGACCUGUUUGAGGUGCACAUGGUGGGGCGGGCGCUGGGUGCCAGAGGACUGCUGGGGGCUGGCGAGGCACUGGCCGUCACUGUGGUGGUGGCUAUACACAGGACACUGCCAGACCUGCUCACUCUGCCUCCCAGACGAUGGGUGGAGCUUGUAAGCCAGGCCGAGUCGUGCCCCACCAAGGUGACGGCCCCCAUCACGGUGGGCCAGGUGGCCGGCUGGUCCAACCUAGCCAUGAUGUUUGUACUGUGUGACCUCUUUGCUUACAGUGGAGAGGUGGAGACGCUGGGUCCCGUGGAGGGCGCGGCUGCCUGGCAGUACCUGCUGCAUCAGCACGACCUCAGGAACCUGCGGCGCUGGCUGGACCGGGAGUUUGUGGCCCCUGAGGAGGAUGCAGGAGGGGAGGAGGUGCCCCUGGAGGAGGCUGCUUGGUUGCAUCCCAGCAACAGAUCAUGCAGGCUGGAGAGCAGCAAUGGAGGAGACAGGGGCAGCCACACCCCAGAGCCGGCCUACUCUGCCUUCAACCUGCUGAAUGAGCCGCUGUACAGCAGCGAUGUGGAGUCCUCAGCUCGCUCCCACGACUCGCUGGACUCAGCCUCGGUGGCGGCCAGCGAGGCCGACACCUGGAGUGUGCGCAGCUUUGAGAUGCAUGACCGGCGGGAGACAGUGUGGCCGGUGGAACGCCUGUGGCCCAUCACGCAGGCUAUGGUGGACCUUCUGCAGGCCACUGACCCAUUCUCAGACCUGCUGCUGAACCUGCUGGCCCGUCGAGGCGUCUUCACCUCCAGAGAGGGCACCUCAGCCCCAGCCCUGGUACGGCGGCUGCAGGUGUCCGGGGCCAUGGCAGCCGUGAGGAAGCUGGGAGGUGAGCAUCCCUGCCAGACACUGGGGAGGGACAUCCACAGGACAGUCUUGCAACACCUGGCUGCCAAGGACCUGCCUCUCCCUGCCUAUGACUAUGCUGGUGAGUGUGGCUCUGAAGAUAUGGAAGGUGUGGAGGGCCCAGCCUGGGCCAGGAUGGUGCGGCCCUUCAUGAAUCUCCUGGAGGUGAAGGACAGGCAGGCAGUGUUCCGUGCCUGCCUCACCAACCUGCAACAUGUGGUGGAGCACUGCCACAACUCUCAGGAGGUGCUGCUGCCAGCCUUCCUCACCAUGCUGUAUGCCCCCACCCACACCCUGAAGGACUUCCUGGACCUGGAGGGGGACAGGGCCACCUCAGCACAGCAGGCCAGUGAUGGGGAGGUGGAGCAGCUGUGUGGCCUGCUGGGCCAGCACUCCCUCACCCCCCGGCAGGUGGUGGAGGGCCUGGUGGAGUCCUUCCCUUACCUGCACAAGGUGUUCCAGAAGGAAGAGAGUGAGUCUUCUGAUGUGACGGUGUAUGACCUCCUUUCUGGCGCGGUGCCCUUUGACCUGACGCGACUCUUCACCUUCCAGGAGCACAACAGACACGGCUACGACAAGGAGACCAAGCUGCCCUGUUGGAGUGAUGAGGAGCUGGUGAGUCAGCACGGCAUCCACCACAACCUGGAUGCCACCUACUACCUGAGGGAGGGCCGCCCCACCUAUGCCUGUGCCUCACUGCUGGCUGCCUCACUGUCCUCCACCACACCCUCCUCCAAGGCCAGACUGGAGGACUUCCGCAGCAAAGUGUAUGGUGUUGCCCUGAGCAGCUGGCCGGACCGCUCGGUGUGCUCGGCCUGCGUGGCGGUGCUGCUCAUGGCCGGCCUGGAUGCUGAGAUGCUACGAGUGGUGCUAACAUCUGCCUACCUGAUCUACUCAGUGCGCACCUCGUGGCGUGGCAGACUGAGUCAGGAGAAGAAGAAGGGACACGAAAGUCUGGUGGAGUCAGACAUCAGCUGUGUCCUGCAGCAGCUGUGUGCCAUGGACACCAGAAUGGAGGCAGCAGCCACCCUCCUGGAGAUGCUGGAGGCCAGUGUCAUCCUGUCGGCCUCAGACAGGCUGCUGGACACCAAGGGGACACAUGGGCCGAGUGACCUGCUCGCGUCCGGCAUGCCCAUGAGUCCUGUAGUGGAGACCCUGGGUAAGGUAUUCCAGGACACCCUGACACAGCAGCAGGUGCAGACCAUGUGUGAGGGCACCAGGCUGUGUGUGGAGUUUGCCCUCCUGUACUCCCUACCAUGGCCCUGUAAGCUGCUCACCAAGCUGGCCCAGGCUGACCAGUGGGUGAUCUUCCUUGUCUUGGUGCAGGUGUUUAACUUCCCCAAGGCCGAGGUGCUGAAGGCGGCCGAGUCAUUCAGCGUGGUCUCCCUGCGGGAACACAUGACUCUUGCCAUCUCCCACGUGUGCUACUACAAGAAGAGGACGGAGAGGAUGGGCAGGUCGGCCCGCAGCAAGCGGUCUGCCCUGUAUGCCAAAAUUGGCAUCAAGUCUCGCGAGGGAUCGCCAUCAUCAAGCCAGAGUGGUGAUGAGAGGGGCAGGAGCUCCAGUCCCAGCGACAUGGACGCAUCAACAGUGGAUGACGCGAUGUCCCUCACCACAACAGAGACCAACCUGGACCUUGGCGUGGACACCUGGCAGGCCAAGAGCCCCAAGGAUCUGUUCUCAGUGCUGAUGCAGUGCCACACACAAGACAACCCUCCCGGGGAGCUGGUCACAGCAGCGGCAGCCCUGGGCCUGCCUGUGCUGGCUUCUUUUGCCGGCUGUUAUGGGAAGGACAACAUCAUUCUGUGCCUGACAGUGUUCCUGUACACAAAGCUGCCGCACAACACCAAGAUGUCGCUGCACCACAGGAUUGCCAAGAAGGAUAUUCCUCCCCUGCCCGCCGGCACCAAGCCAGAGAAGGAGCAGGUGCCAUCCCGGAAGAAUAACUGUUGCCGUGCCUGUGACAUGGGCAUCCUGUGCUGCGGACCGGACGAGCUGCGGCUCAUUGUGCUCACUCACAUGUCCAUCGGCCUGGUGCACGUGGUGAGCGAUGCCCUGAGGGCAUUUAAGCGGCAUCAUUCCCUCCAGCACCUCACACUGGCCAUCGAGGAGGCCAAGGGUGUCUGCAACCAGGAGCUGAUGGCCAAGCGGCUGUCGGACAGUGCCAAGUACAUGAACAAAGAGCUGGAGGCCGAGGUGCCCACCACCGUCACGGGACCCGAUUGGGCCAUAGCCAUGUCCCGGGACAUCAUUGCCAUGGCCCUGGACGAGUGCCUCACCAACAGUCGCCAGCGCUGUCAUUUCAUCUCGGCCCUGGCCGGGGUGAGUCAGCUGCCUCCGUUCUGCAGCCACUCCAUCAACUGGAUGCUGGUGGGUGAGCUAUGUGAGGUGGUGGGGGAGGUGAAGCACAAGAUCAGCUACAAGGACCUGCUGGAGAGCUUUGAGGCAGGCAAGGUGAAGGACUUUGCCAGGGGUGUCGUGGAAGGCCUGAGGGAGAAGCGGUGUUUCUCGGAGGCCCUGCAGGUGUGCCAGCUGGUGGACCUGCCAGUGUUCACCAUUGUGUGUGGCCAGCUGAGGGCAGAGUUUGAGAACAGCAAGUUGAGUGUGAGGAGCAGCUACACUGGCCUGGAGCGCUUUCUGUGCCGCGGCCACAAGCAGCUGUGUGAGAAGGCCGUGCCCCCAGAGCACUCCUGCACUUUCUUCACUGCCAUUAGCGAGGAGGUGCCCCUGAGUGCCAUGCAGUACCUGUGCCUGCAGUAUGCCCUGGUGUGGUGCUACAAAACCCUGCCACACCUACACCACCACACCACUGAUGCACUGCACACCCAGGGUCCCCAUUCCCCUCCCCCUCAGGAACCAGUCUCCCGCAGCCACACACGCCUCGGUCUGGAGACCCGGCGGAGUCCCUGGUGGCUUCGCUGGAGCAGCGAAUGUGGAGGGCGUACAUCCAGUCCCACUGCAGCAAGGAGGCAGAAGCUGGUUGUUUGGCCGUCACCCUGCCAGAGGUGCGGGAGAUGGCCAUGGGAGGGGGAGGACGGGACCAGCUGUCUGGACAUGGGGCAGAUACUGAAGACAGCUGGCCUCACCCCUGCCUUCCUCACCCUCACUCUCUCCAGUGUGAGACGAGGCCAGCACUGGACAGGAGGAGGCGAGAAUAUGCAGGAGGAGGACAAGUGCCGGGCCAUCCAAGACUUGGCAGACACGUGUAUAGACCGAGGGAUGCUGGUCACUGCCUGCCGUGUUCUGGCGGCCUUCGGGGAAGACAGCAGGAACAUGCAACAGUUGCUACUGCUGCUGAAGCUCGCUGAGGGCAGCAAGAUGGAGAUGGCUGAGAAGGAGGCAACACUGCAGAACCCCGUCAGCCGCAGAGACAAGCAACGCACACUGAGCCGCAGCAGCACUCGAGGCAGCAUCUACAGCACCACCUCCCUCGACGAUGACCUCAGCACUCACAUUGCCCCCCUCAGCAGAGUAGUGGCUGGGCUGGCAGUGGGACGCAGGACCAUGGAGCGAAUCAUUGUGCUGUACAAGGUGGCGCUGGUGUUGGAUCUUUCCUUCCUGUAUGUGGUGCAUCACCCCAACCCCAUCAUGGUGUUGUCCCUAGUGCUGCGGCUGCAUCGCUGUGGCAUGGUGCAGCUGGCCCGGGACCUCAUCCAGGCCAUGCCAAUCCCUGAUGCUGAUGUGCAGAGCUUCCUGGUGGAGGAAGCUGUGGCCACCAUCGCUGCUGGACCAGAGGCCACACGCACCAGCCAGAGGGACUGCCUGCUGUUGUGGGAGGAGCUGGAGGCACAGUGGAAGGACCUCAUCACCCUCACCAAGGAUGUGUCUGGUCUGGCCACACAGCUCCUGGAUGUGGGCCAGUGCCUUGGCUCAUCCUACCCUGACCAGGUGGAGAAAGUGCACAGUAUGAGUGUUGAGUUGGUGGUGCGGGCCCAUGACUGCUUCACUGCGGCAUCCAACAUGGAGGGGAUUGGCACUGUCUUACGCACCGCCCUCUCUCUCACCACCUCACUAGUCCAGCACACUCAAUGGUCCCUGCUGGUCCGCCUUCUCAUCGGCAUUGGAAGGUACAGUGAGAUGUCGUACAUAAUUGACGCACUGAGGGAGCACGGUCAGUUUGAGCCGUUGCUGGGCCGCGGUGCUGACCCGUGGGGGAAGGAGAGUGGCCUGGACCGUGCCCUCAUCCACUACCUCCGCUCCAAGGCCCCAGAGGACACCGAGACACUCCAGAUUGUCGCCCUCCACUUCAUGUUGUACUCUGAGGUUGCAGAGAUGUGGGUGACGGAGGCAGAGAAGGCACUGGAACAAGCUUUAGCCAACACAAUAGAUCUCACAGCCUCCACCACCACUGCCUCCUCUGCCACCUCCUCCUCCACCCCUAACAGUGUGGCAACCCCUCGCAGCAACAGCAGAAGCGUAGGUGGACAGGAGACGCCAGGGAAGGGAGGCAGGCCAGGCAGCAGAGUUGACAGCCUGCCCAGCCAAGGUGUGACCGAGGCUUCCUACCUGGAGAACACUGAUCCCAGGCUGCUGACCCAGGCCAUGCAGAGCUAUGCCCAUGCCGCCCAGUGCUUCAUGCAGGACCAGCAGUUUGCUUCAGCCAUGGAGUACAGUCGGCAGGCUGAGCUGGUGGCCCUGCAAAUCGCCCACCUGAAGAAGACUGGUGGUGCUCCGGCCCUCAGACUCCUCAAGUUGAGCCAGUCUGCCGUCACAUUUGUCAUCACACACAAGCUGAGGGUGUGUGAGGCUCAGCUGGUGGGACGCUCAUACAAUCACACGGUGGACUGGGGAGCUGCGCUGUACCACCAGUUUGUGCGGGGCGGUGAUGAGUCUUACCUGGCGGAGUAUUUGGCCGUUCUCACCCUCACGCCGGAGGUCACCCUGGAUGUGGUCAAGAAGCUGGAGCAUGAGGGCAUCACAAGGGAGCGCAGGGCAAGAGUGGCUGUCCUUCUCACACAUGUUGAGGAGUCAGACACUGUGUACCGAGUGGCCAGCCAGCUCGGACUGAAGGGAAGCAUUGACACCUGCCUUGCCUCACCUGCUGCGCCUUAUCUGAGGGACACUGUGUUUGUGCAGGGAUGUACCUAUGGCCAGUAACUGUGUGUGGUUUAGUAAGGUCAUACUAGUGGUCUCUCCUAUCAGUAUAUGAUUGAUUAUUACUCUGAACUCUUAAUACUCCAAGCACUGCCUAUGUUUUUAUCCAUACGAUUCCAUUUAUUAAUAUGCUGAUAAGGUAGGAAAACUGUUUGUCUCCUUCAGGUUUGUUUUCCUCUCUCAUCUCUCUCAUUUUUCAAAUCACUCUAUUCCUUUCAUUGUUCUAUUGCUAUCAAAUCUCCUCUUUCUCAGCCUGUCAGCAUUUCCCUCAUCUCUCCUUUUUCAAAUCACUCUAUUCAUUUCAUUGCUCUCUACAUUGCUAUCAAAUCUCCUUUCUCUUCCUGUGUUUACCUGGUCACACUGUUACACUGAUAUGGUCUUGUCUCUAUGUAUGUCUUCAGUCUUUACUUGAUGUACUCUGCCUCUUUCACCUCCUUUGCCAGUCUAUUCCAGGGACCUUUGUAUCUUUGAGGAAAGCUGUACUUGUUGUUAUCUAAAUUUCUCAACAGUAUUUUUGUCCUCUCAAGUAUCCAGCAUCUCUUUGUCCCUGUAAUAAUAGAUCUUUUUAACUUCCUUGUGUCUGCAUGUGUGCCAAGGUGUUUAGUAAGAUUUGAGUUUAGUUUACGGUAUCUGACUUGUGUAUCUCUCUAGUUUACACAUUACUUCUAUUGGUUAAGAAAUGUAGUGUUAUUUUGCAUGUACUUACUGUCUUUCCUUCAGGUUGUGGACUUGAAGACAGCAAGAUCCGAGUUGGACUUGCAAUUAUUGUCUCUGUGUUUAAGUUAAUUUUUAUUGCUCUCUAGAUGUCAAAAGAAUAUAGUUUUGCCUAAAAUUUCUGUUACAAGAUUAUCACAUUGUUUUAAUAAUUAGUAGAGCACAAAAAUUAAUGAUCUGUUCUAGCAUUAGCUUAUUAUUCUGAAUCUGCAAUAUAAGAAAUAUAAACAAGUUAUCCUUUCAAUCUUGUAGGACAAUCAUAGAAAUGUGCAAUUGCAUAUAUAUAUAUAUAUAUAUAUAUAUAUAUAUAUAUAUAUAUAUAUAUAUAUAUAUAUAUAUAUAUAUAUAUAUAUAUGAGUAGGUAACAAACAGGAACUUUUUGUACAUUUACUGUAUAAUUCAUAUAUAUACAAACUAAUCCUUGUGAAAUAUCUAGUGUGUUGCAUUGCAUGGAUUGGAAAUACCAAUGGCAGCUUUGUGGCCAAACUCACCCUCACCUUUCAUGAAUUCACCUAAAACUAAAUUCACAACUGCCAAGAUGGAUGGAGAGAAAAGAAAGAUCAACAUAGCAUUGCAUUCCCAAACACUGCAUGGAAGGGUCAACAUAUCCAAAGAUUCAUGUCAUGAAUGGGUAGAAUAUGAAAAAAGAUUUGCUCAACAUUACGGGUUUUAAAUAUAAGAAUUAAUAUAUUUUUGACAUGAUAAUUGUCAGAAUAGAUGUUAAGGUUUAUUGGAACAUAAGUUGACUGUCCAAGUACAAAUGGUACAAUGUUCCUAGCACUGUAUUGGUAUUACUAUUAAGCCUAUGAUUUUAUAUGCCAUACUACUAUAGAAUGCUGUCAUUUUGUAAUUGAUUUUAUACUAUCUAAAAUUAAAACUGAUCUGCAUGGUAAAA